CACAACAAAACCAAAGGAGCUUGUCUGUUAGUCGCGUAUGAAGAAUGAGGAGAAAAAAAUCCAGGAUACUUGCAAUGGGUUGAACAAAGUUCCCACCCUCCAAGUUUCUCAUUCAAUUCAAACAGUAGGACUUUCUUUUACAAUGUCCACUCAAAGGACAUAUUCAUAAAAACUGAAAAUGAAAGAAAAGAAAAUCGGGAAAUUAGUUAUAGGUGUGUUAGCCGUCCUAGUGCUUUUGGGGUUCCUAUUCAUGGGUUACUUCUGUGCUGACCAAACGUGUGCCUUAAAACCCGGCUCCCCUACGCCGGGGUACCUUCACUUUGAUGUGCAAGCUUACCUAAAGGGGGAGCUACCUGCCAAGGUGUUUGAAGAAAAAGACUUGGAGAGGGAUUUCCAGGUGGAUUUGGAAGACGGGGACGUGAUCGUCUUUCACCAUAUGCAGAAGACUGGAGGGACUACAUUUGGGAGGCACCUGGUGAAUGAUCUGCAGCUUAAGCAUCCCUGUAGAAAAGUGGAUGGAAGGAAGCGUUACGACUGCCAGAACUCUGAUCAUCACGUGUGGCUGUUUAGCCGUUACUCUACUGGUUGGCGAUGUGGCCUCCAUGCUGACUGGACCGAAUUACAGGAAUGUGUGGACAGGGAGAUGGAUGCAUUUGAAGGGAAACACAGGACGCGAAGAUACCAUUACAUCACUAUGCUACGAGAUCCUGUCAAGCGGUACCUCAGCGAGUGGAUGCAUGUACGACGUGGCGCCACCUGGAAAACUGCCCAGUUAAGAUGUAAUGGUCGCCAGGCCACAUUACAGGAAGUGCCUUUUUGCUACAACAGCUCAGACUGGUACGGGGUCACCAUCGAGGAGUUCUUGGCCUGUCCUCAUAACUUGGGGAACAACCGUCAAACCAGAAUGCUCGCCAAUCUUAGCGCUGUUGGUUGUUAUAACAGAAGCCUAUUGCCACCGGAUGUGCGCGAUAAAAUGCUCUUAGAAAGUGCCAAAACUAAUCUUAGAAAUAUGGCUUACUUUGGCAUAUUGGAGUACCAGCCAGAAAUGCAGUAUUUGUUUGAAAAGACCUUCCAUUUAAAGUUUGGUGUGCAAUUUAGUUUGUUUAAUAAGACACAUAUCACUAAGCUAAAGAUGAGCAACAAAACAGUAGAGGAGAUCGUCAAGGUUAACAGCCUCGAUGUGAAACUGUAUCAGUACGCCAAAGAACUAUUUCUUCAGAGGGUUAAUCAUGUUCGAAGGAAAGCAGCCAAAGCCCAGGAGACCAUUUCACAGUAUUCUAAUCUCGAGAAAAGCAAUAUUGACUACAUUGUGGACAGUUCAAAACAGGUUGUGCCUAAAAAGGAGGUCCUGAGCAGGUCUGAGGAGAAUAAUGAUGGCAGCAGCAGGUCUGGAAGUAUUAAUGAUAAGACUGAGAGAUCUCAAAGUACAUUGGAUGUUCAUGUAAGUGAAACUGUGCCAAAAAAGGUCAAGGGAGACCACGACCUUGAACCUGGCAGGUUUGAUGGAAGUAGGUCUGAAGGGAUUGAUGAACCAAGAAAAAGCAAUAUUGAGCCCCAGAUUGAUAAAUCUGAAGGAGACCAAGCAGACUCCAGGUUAAAAAGUUUACACCAGGAAAAAUCUUUGUUGACUUCCAAACCUGGGAUAGACGGGCUCCAUCGUGAAUCUCGUUCAAGACAAGUAACUGGUGAAAAUUACGAUGACUCUGAACUCGAUAUUGACGAGGAGGAUAAUGACGAUGAGGAUGAGGUCAAAUAGGUACCUUAAUGAAUUUUGGAAAAAUGAAUUUCAUCUUGAUGUGAAUCUGAAAGAAGUAUUUUCUUUGCGUGAAGCGAUUGGAAAAAAUUGAAUGUGGUAGAGUCUU